AUGGAUGUCACUCAUACCUAUGUUGAUGAUGGCCUAAAGUUACGUUCUGCUAAUAUGAUGAAUAUCAAUAGACAGUUCGAAAUAAUUACAACAUUCUCACGAGAUGCAGGAAUGGAGUUUGGGCAAGUUAAUCACGUCAUUCGAAAAGUGAAUCUUCACGUAAUUACUUUCCCAGUGCUAUUAUUCCAAAUAUGCUUGGGCAGUAAUGCUGCAUGCCGAGAAUAUUAUGGGACCCGUAUUCACCCUUCUGUAACUGACAUUCCAGAAGCUGACAAGCUGAAUAAGAUGUCAAACAUCCGAUCAAAAAUUGACUGCUUUUCGCACUGUAUGGCGUAUUCCAAAUGUGGUAUGAUUAUUUACAGCGUUUCCGAGAAAAUAUGCUUGGACAGUAAUGUAGCAUGCAGAGAAUACUAUGGGAUUCCUAUUCAACCUCCUGCAGCUGCCAUUCCAGAAGUUGACAAAUUAAUUCAGGCAUCCAACAUACAAUCGAAUAUUGAAUGUUUUUCCCUCUGCAUGGCAAAUUCCGCAUGUGGUAUGAUUAUUUACAGCGUUUCCGACAAAGUUUGUAUCCUGCGUAAAAUCCAGCAAUCACCAGGUGCCACAUCAUUCAUCGACAUUCCUCCAAACAGCAUUUACACCAUGCUACAAGCCCCUGAAUGUCCAACGUCAGCCGGCUACACUUACCAACCAGAACUGAAAUUAUGCUUUCGAAUAGGUGAGAAAAAAAUUACAUGGAAUAAAGCUGCAGCCGUUUGUAACAAAGAUCGAGGACAACUUAUCCACAUAAAAAAUCUACAAAUAAUGGAGUACCUACUAAACGAAUUCAAAAAGUGGCCAGAGGAACAUUACUAUUUUGGAUUAUGUAAAGAUAUUAAAAAGAACGCCUUUGUAUGGCAGAAUGGAGAAGCGCUUACGUUUUCAUACUGGAUGGAAAAGAGACCUGACAAUCUUACUGGCAAUCAGAAUUGUGGAUGUUUAGACCUAAAAGGGAAUCACAAGUGGAAUGAUGUUCGUUGUAACGUCAACGGACAGGCGAAACAUAUAUGCGAGAUAGUCUUACGAUAA